CAUCUCCAAUAUGGAUCCUGCUUCUUAUGUCCAAACUAUUGCAGGAAUCUUAGCUUUGUUAAUUGCAUACACUGUCUUUAGGUCCAUUAGAUCAUCCAAUGGAUCUAAGCUCAAGAAAGUACCCGAACCUUAUGGUGCUUUACCCUUCAUAGGUCACCUUCAUCUUCUUAAUGCUAGAGUACCAUAUUUUAGGACCUUUUCGGUCAUGACUGAGAAAUAUGGUUCAAUUUUCUCCCUUAGGCUGGGUUGCCACAACACCUUAGUGGUUAGUAGUAGGGAAAUUGCCAAGGAAUGCCUCAUAACAAAUGACAAAGUUUUUGCCACAAGGCCAAACACAGCAGCAGGUAGAUACAUUGGUUACAACAAUGCAAUUUUUGGGCUUGCCCCUUAUGGCCAAUAUUGGCGUGACAUAAGAAAAAUGGCCACUCUCGAGCUUCUUUCAAGUUAUAGGCUUGAGAAGCUAAAGCAUGUGAGAGAUAGUGAAACAUUUUCUCUGGUAAAAGAUGUGUACUCAUCUUUGUCUUUUGGCAACAAAUUGAAUGGUGUGCCAAUAAGCAAUUUAUUGGAGCACAUGACAUUUAACAUAAUUGUGAGAAUGAUAGCAGGGAAGCGCUAUGGUAGAGAAAGCGCUAACAAAGAAGAAAACGAGGCGUGGAGGCUAAGAAAGGCCAUAAAAGAUGCAACGUAUUUGAGUGGUGUUUUUGUGGCUGCUGAUGCUAUUCCUUACCUUGGUUGGCUAGAUUUUCAAGGAUAUGUGAGUUUCAUGAAGAGAACCGCUAAGGAAACGGACUCUAUUCUUGAGGAGUGGCUUCAAGAACAUCUCAGAAAGAGGAGUGAAGAGAGGAAUGGUGUAAGCCAAAAUGACUUCAUGGAUGUGAUGAUAUCAAAAUUUGAAGAUCAAGAUGAGAUUUAUGGCUGCAAGCGCGAGAUAGCUAUCAAAGCCACAGCAAUGAUGCUUAUACUUACGGCGUCAGGAAGCACAGCCAUGACACUUACAUGGGCACUUUCCUUGCUCCUAAACCAUCCAAAGGUCCUAAAGAAAGCGCAACAGGAAUUGGACACCAACGUAGGACAAAAAAGAUGGGUCCAAGAAUCUGACAUCAACAACCUCAAUUAUUUACAAGCCAUUGUUAAAGAGACCCUUCGUUUGUACCCACCAGCACCCUUAACAGGGAUCAGGGAAGCCAGAGAAGAUUGCUACGUGGCAGGUUACCAUGUAGCAAAAGGCACACGUUUGCUAAUUAACCUUUGGAAGUUGCAAAGGGACCCACAAAUAUGGUCCAACCCUGAUGAGUUUGAGCCUGAGAGAUUCCUCACCACUCACCAAGACAUUGAUUUUUUGAGUCAAAACUUUGAGCUAAUCCCAUUUAGCUUUGGAAGAAGGUCAUGCCCUGGCAUGGCAUUUGGGCUCCAAGUGGUUAACUUGACCUUGGCUCGGUUACUUCAAGGCUUUGAUAUGUACCCAAAAGGUGGUGUUGAAGUUGAUAUGACUGAAGGGUUAGGUGUGGCCUUGCCUAAGGAAAAUGGACUUGAAGUGAUGCUAGAACCACGUCUUCCUUUGGAGCUUUAUGAAAGCCUUUGAACAAGGUGUUUCAAAAAUACAAAUUCUAUUUUAUUUCUGCUCUGGGAUAUUGGAGCCCCAAAUAAAUCCCACCGUCUUUUGUGUUGUAUUCUUAUUCCACUAGUAGUUUAUGUAGGUUAAUGGUAUCAGCUGUUGUACCGUUGCCGUAUUUGAUAUCAAAUAGUUAAUAACGUAUUUGAUAGCAUGUAUGAUUAUUUUUUUCUCUUAUUUAUUUAUUUAUAUUUCAUAAAUAGUAUU